CAUAAAACAUCUCUUGGUGUUUAAGCAGUUUGAUAUUAGAUACACAAUACCUAAUUUGCAUGGGCUUGUUUAUUUAAACUGAAUAUGAAGGAUACAAAGAAGAAAAAAGAUUACAUAAAAAGUUUUAUAACACAGUCUUUUAAAAACUUAGGAAAACAAAUUGCAAGACAUCCAUUGUAUUUUAUAAUAGUACCUUUGCUGUUUUCACUUUCCUUUGGCUUUGGAAUAUUUAAAUUGAAGUUAAAUGAUAAUAUCGAAAAUCUUCUUGAACCAGAUAGUGGUAAAACUGUAGACACGAAGAUAUUUAUCGAAAAAACUUUUCCUUUCAAUUCUUCUGAAAAUUUUGAUAUUGUAAGAUGUCUUAGUGUUCCUAAAGGCCUAAUGAUUUAUCUCUUACCAAAUAAUUUGAAUGAAAACAUGAUGAAUAAAGACAUACUUAAGGAGAUAAAGGUAUUGGAUGAAAUCGUUAAAAAUAUUAAUAUUUCCAUUAACAAUGAUCAGAUUGGAUAUCACAAUAUAUGUGGAAUUAUUCAUAAAAAGUGUUUCGAAAAUCCAAUUUCAUACUUGAUAUCGAACAUGGAUAUUGUAUUGGCUAAACGUAAAAGAAUCGAAUUUCCUGUAGAGAUAGAUAUGCUGACUUUAUCGUAUCAUAUGUAUUCAUUAAAUUUAGGUGGAGUUGAAACAAAUAGUAAAGGAUAUGUUGAAAAAGUAAAAGCUAUGAGAUUAAUAUACCCAUUUGAUGUUAGUACGAAAUGGAAAAAAGAAUGGUUUGAACAGUGGACCAAAGCAGCUUUUAGAAAUAUAGUAAAUCACGAAUUUCAAUAUAUAAAUCCUUUGUUUGAUCCCUUGUGGAUGGCAAUAAGACACUCAAAAAUAACGUUUUAUGAUAUAAAAUCAAGAAUAGUUGCAGUCGUUAUUUUUAUAUCUCUAUUUUCUAUCAUCAGUUGUUUGAGUGUCCCGAUGAUUAGAAGUAAACCAUGGCUCGGUCUUGCAAGUGUUGUAUCGGCUGGUUUGGCAAUACUAACUUCAUUUGGAUUAAUGGGAAUAUUUCAGAUAGAAAGCACGUAUUGGAAUAUUUGCAUUCCAUAUUUAGUUAUCGUCACAGAGAUAGACGAUGCUUAUGUGUUGAUAGCGUGUUGGAGGAUUACUGAUCCAAAAAGUAAUGUGGAAGAUCGACUUGCUUAUACUUUCAGCGAAGCCGGAGUUUCCAUCACACUGACUUCUUUGACGAACUUUCUUGCAUAUUGUAUUGGAAUGACAAUGUUGUUUCCUGUUGUAAAAUUAUUUUGCUAUUAUUCUGCAGCUUGCAUAUUCUUCGCUUAUAUUUUUCAAAUAACAUUUUUCGGUGGUUGCAUGGCAUUAAGUGGAUACAGAGAAGAGAAGAGACUUCAUCCAUUUACUUUUCGAUUAUCCGAAAUCUGUCGUCAGAGGAAUCAAGAAGAAAACGAACAUUUAUUGAUGAAGAUGUUCAGGAAUCAAAUGGGAGGCGUUCUUUCUCAUUCAAUAGCAAAAAUUGUAGUAAUUAGUUUGUAUUUUAUUAAUUUGGGGUUUGGAAUAUGGGGAACAUUCUCAAUGAAGAGGGGUAUAGAUUGGGAAAACAUGUAUUCCUAUGAUUCUCCUGUAUCCAAAAGUGCACGAACUUUGUUUACACAUUUCGGCGAAUAUGCAUUUCCCGUUCAAAUAAUCAUUAAUCAAACGUUAGAUUAUUCAGAUCUCAGUGUACAACAAUCUUUAGAUAAUCUUAUAGAAACUUUUGAACAUAAUCCAUAUAUAGCUGAUAGAAGAUAUAGUUUGUCAUGGUUAAAGUAUUAUAAGCUAUUUCAAGAGAAUCCUGUAUCUAAAUACUCGUUACAAGGUUACAAUAUGUCAGACAAACAAGACUUUUUGGACGGUUUGUAUAAUGUAUUCCUGAAAUUUAAAGGCGCCGAUAUGUUCUCUUCUGAUAUUUUAUUUAAUGAAGACAAAACCGACAUUACUUGUUCUCGUUUUAUCCUUAUAGCUAAAAAUAUAUCAGGCUAUGAAUCGGAAACAAUAUUAAUUGAGAACUUGUUGAAAGUUGCAGAUUCGGCACCGUUUUCUGUCUUGAUACACACUCCAAUAUCAAUACUGAUGGAACAGGGAAUUGCCAUUCAACGUAUUAUCAUUCAGCUAUUUUGGGUUACUUCUUUAUUAAUAAUUAUUGUAUUUCUUUUAUUUAUUCCGAAUAUAAUCUGUGCUAUUUUGAUGGCAAUUUCUGUAGUUUCUACCAUUACAGAAACUCUUGGUUUCAUGAAUUUAUGGAAUGUUAACUUGGAUAUCUUUUCUAUGAUGAGUUUGAUUUUAUGUGUCGGAUUUUGUGUAAAUUAUCCAGCUCAUAUCGCUUACGCCUUUUUAAAAUCUAUUCACGUAACACCCAAUGAAAAAUUAAAAGAUUCUUUAUAUCAUUUAGGCUAUCCUAUCUUUCAAGGAUCUUUAACCACUAUUUUAGGGAUAUUAUUUCUUAAUAAAGACGUUUAUGUAUUGUUAGUUUUUAUCAAAAUUGUGUUUCUCAUAACAAUAGAAACAGCUUUCCACGCUUUGUUGGUAAUUCCAGUAAUUCUGUCCCUGAUGUCAUCAGUGUUUCACAAUACAAAGUCUACAUCUAUUUUUGCAAAUUGUAAACUUACUAGAAAAUAAUAAAUUUUAAGAAAAUUUUAAAAAUGUGUUAUUGAGAAGAUAUUUUCUAUACUAAAUCUGAUAUUCAUGAGUGUAGGCGGAUUAUAAACUCUCUAUUUAUACUCAAUAUCAUUAAAUUUCAAAAUCAAUCACAAUUUCAAAUUUUACAAAAAGAUAAGGACUGAAACGGGGUCAUUAAGAGCUGAAAUCCAUAUCUACAUUCAACAAUAGAGCCGAUAUCUAUAAGAGUUUCUUGUGUGAUGUAAGUUACUGAAAUAAAGCCACGGAUUAUAGGGUUUUAAAAAUCCGCAGAA